UGCUCACUUGGUGUCUUUACGCACAGAGUUCAGCUCAGAGGAACAAAACCACAGGACUCUACUUUUUACGACUGAGUCACAGAUUAACUUCUUUUAUCUGAAGGAGCAAACGACGGAGGACGUGUCGAUGAUCAGGUGACGGAUGAGCGGAGUUGUUGACUCACAGAUUCGAUGAUUCUUCAGAGCGAGUCCAGAUGUGAUCCAGGUUUCGUUCCACCGUCGCCCACAAACACCGGACCCUCCAUGAGCUGACCUCUGACCUUUGCACCAUGGACGCCACUCUGCAGGCAAACCCUCGGUCCCACUACGAGGUCAAUGGCGGAGCUGGAAGAAACUCCAGACCUGGUGAAGACAGUGCUCUGAGCCAGGAUGUGCAGGAGUGCAUCCAGUUCUUCGACGACACCAUCGUCUCAUUGGAGGAGAGCCUGAAUCAAGACGACCGGAAUCCCAGGCAGGGGAAACCCAGCAGACCGCUCUCUCCCAACCAGGAUAUCAUAGACCUCGUCCGCCCUGGACCAGACUUGGUGCAGACGAGAGAGCCGGUCAAUCCCACCAGUCCAGAUUUCCAGAGUAUUGUGGGACACACUGAGAGCCACUUCGAGUUGAAGCCCUGGCGCGAUCAGAUGGACAGCUUGCCUUCAGAGUACAACCCUCCCCUACCAAGUGGCAGCUAUGGGUCAACAGAUAGCCACACCUCCUACCACCCUCCGGGGUGUAUUCCCACUCCAGUCCUGAUUGCGCAACAGAUAGCAGAGAACCAGGCAGGUGGAACCUCCAACCUCCAUCCCUCCUCGCUCCGCCAACGCAGCAGUGACGCCGACAAGCCACCGAGUCUCAACUCAGAUCAACCAGUGAAACAGGGUCCUCCUACCUCUGCUAAGCCUUCCCGCUUCCCUGCUAACAUCAACGUGAUCCUCGGCACCAAGGAGCACCAGAACCAGUCUCUGGCUAACGUGAACAUUCAUGAGAGACGGGCACAAAUGCUUGCAAACCUCACGGGAACUUCACAUCCUUUGCUACAGGAAGAUCCUGAGCAGACCACGGAGCAGAAGGCUCGAAACACUCCAACCCGCAGCGUUUCCUUCAGGGAUCCGACACCAAACAUAUCCAGGAUGGAGGCUCUGUCCAAGCUGGGCCUUACCAGGAACCGAGCCAUGUCUGGGGGCACGUCGCAGCUUCCUAACAGCACCUUACUGGACAUUCCCACAGGUGCAGAGACCAGCGCCAAACCUCUGGAGGCCAGUGUUUCCCCAGUAACAGAAACCACCGUCAAAUUACCAGAAGCCAACCCUGCAACACCUCAGAGCCGGAGUUAUGUUGACAGAAAAGCUGAGAUUCUGCGCACACCGUCCCUCAAGAGCCCGGAGGAAAGACAUUCCCAUCCGAGCCCCUCACCUCCAGCAGUCACACGUCGCAGUUUCUCUCCACUCCCUCUGGACAAUAAAGCAUCUGUCGCCCCUCCGCCUGAGAUCACCUCGCUGGAAUUUAACAGCUAUGGAGGGAAAUCUAUGGUGGUCAACCCUUCUGUUUCCUCCAAAAGUGAACCUGUAUCCUCUCCAACGAGGCUUGAACCCAAAACCCUCCCACCUGUGCUGGCUAACCCCAGCGAGUUCAACACCUAUGGGGGAAAGACCAAAGUCAUGAACCCUGCUCCUAUGGCCGUGACCAGGAACAACCUUCCCGACAUUCUCAGCUCCCACAUCACCAAGAGUCAAACAUUGCCCGCCAAAUCAGAGCCGCAGCCCAUUGAGCCGAACAGUUACGGAGGAAAGAGCCGAACCAUCAACGCUUCCGCCGGCUUAAAUCGGCCUUCAGGAAUCCCACCAAGGAGCGUCAAGCCUCCAGCGCCGACUCCAGCCCCGAGACCACCUCGCCACUCCUACAGCGGCCCUGCCACUCAACAGAAAGCGGCACAACAUGCCCCGACCCCCGAGCACAAGCGAAGACCCGGCUCACAGUUUCGUCCCCAGGGAAUCACAGUGCAGUUCGCUGGAAAAGGAACUUCUGACGAAUCCCGCAAGGAGGCGUUGAGGAAGCUGGGGCUGAUGAAAGAGUCUUGAUGAACUCGAGUCUGGACCUCUGGAGUGCACCUGCGGGUGGAGGUGAUUCUCUUUAAGUUGCUCCACGUGUGACUUGAGUUUGAGGUGUGGUUGGUUCGUUUGGAGAGAGACAUACUUUUACAGAGGAGCUGAAACUUACGAUAGACCUGCACAACCAGUUCCAACGCCGAACACGUUUGGCACCGUGCAGCAUCUGUGCAAUCGACGCUCUUCAAGUGAUUUAUUUUGCCUCCAGGCAAAGACAUCAUAUACGUCUGCACUUUAGUUUGGGUCAGAGUGAAGAGAAGCAACGGAAGAUACUUCAACUCCAGUCUCACCUUUGUUUGCGACAAAGAAUCUAAUUGUGAAAUUUCUGAUUUUUUUUUUUUUUUUCAUGCUGGGCCUCAUUUCCUCAAAACAUCUUAAUUUCUUUUUUAUCCCAGAGUUAGGAAAUGUCUCCUCGAGGUCUUUAGAGGAUGUCAAUCUUUAGAAACACUUUGUGUGAAUAAGAGAACCUCAGUUAUCUCCUGAACAGUUUACAGACGGAAGGAAAUAGAGGUUGCUCCAGCCCCCUCUUACUUUUAAUCCGGCCCUGGUAAAAACCUAUUUUUUAGUUAGUAGUGGAAAAAAUUAAGACAAACUGUAAAUGAGCAACUAAUGAUGCAAAAUGAAAAAAUAUUGAAAUCUUUCGAGCCCUUUAUCGAACAUUUGACACUUUUCUGUUUUAACUGGUUUGUUUGCCGACUUUGGGCAUUUUAUUCAGCGGUGGGAGUUUUUCUUCUGUCUGGGGUUUUCGGGCUAGAAGAAAGUCGACGGCACUUUUCUCAAGAGGAUCAUCUAGAUUAGUUCUGAAAAGACCGAAACUACAUCGUAAACGUUCCAGACCUUCGUGGAGCUGAGCUGGAGGAUAUUUUUACUCUGUGGACAAACCUCCCACACCAAACCACAGACUGUGGAAUGGGUUUGUGGGUUUGACUCUUACUUUUUUUUCACUGAGUACUUUUAAAUCGGCUCUUUAGGGUCGGGCGAGCACAUCGUAUUGUACAAAACACAAGCACUCAAACCACAGAGUCUAGAAAUACAUCCUGGUUUACUGAUGUGUUUUCGUUCCUGUCGAGCUCUUCUCGACAACUUGGCUGUUUCAGACAUUUGACUUUUUCCAAGUGUGUUAUUUAACUGUUGUAGCUGCAAAAGCAUGAGUGUGUGUGUAUGUGUGUGUGUGUGUGUGUGAGAGACAGUGUGUAAGUUUACAAUGUUUAAUCCAGACUCCGGCCUCUGUAGUUCCCCUACAGUUACUUUUGAAGUUAAUAUCACAGAAGUUUUUCUGUGUGAAUAGUUGAAGUGAAUUUUGCUCACAGACUCCGGUUCGCUGUAGUACAUCUACAGUCUUUUUGAAGUAUCUCAUGGUGCAUACAUGCAGUAAAUAACUACAUUAUGAGGAAAUGUUUCUAAGAGUCUGCACAGAACAAAGGUUUUUACAAUCAGUGCAUCUAUGUUUGGUGAACGGGAAGAUCAGCGUCGACUUUCUGACUUUUGAAAUGUCCACAUUAUAUAUAAAUAUAUGAAUAUGCUCUAAUCUUAAUAUAUGUAAAGUUGAAUUAUUGUCGAUCAUUAAACGAAACAGUAAAACGUC